UUUUCGACCUUACUGUUCCUCACAAGUUUUUAUUUAAAUUAAAUUUAUAGAUUGUCGGCUAUAAAGCCUGAAUUAAGUUUCAGUAAUGAAUUACAAGGAUCGAUGUCGAACAUGUCUGGGCCGUGAGAAGGAAAUGCGGCACGUCCACACGACUAUAACUAUAGCCGGAGAUGAUGUCCGUUUGUCUGAUAUUCUGCAAAACUUUUAUAAUUAUACGGUAACAGAAGACACUCCACAACCCGAUAACAUUUGCAUCAACUGCGUUCAUCAACUCACCAUAACUUAUUCAUUCAAAGUACUCAUAAAAGCCAGUGCAAAUAAACUCUCAGAAAUGAACUUAGUAGAUUCCACUAGUGACAACUAUGAUAUCAAUUAUGAAUCUGAUGAUAACAGGCCAGUGAAAGAAGUUAAUAACAGGCCUGUAAAAGAAGUUAAUAAAUCACUUACAAAGCAAUGUAAUGUGAGAAUAGAAAACCUAACUACAUCAUUAUUUUGUGUAGAAUGUAAGGCAGAGCUCCAUACAGUAAAACAUCUUAGAGAACAUUGUACAAAAAAUCAUCCAAUAAAAUCUACAAUAGGCAGGGAUUGUGAAUAUUGCAAUGAGAAAUUUGACGAUUUUCGUUCAUUAGUGUUACAUAGAAAGUUACAUUUAAAACCUUUUCUGUGCGAAAAUUGUUGGGAAGGCUUCUACAGUAUAUAUGAACUAAACAUACAUUCCUGCCAACCGAAUCAAAAUAAGGUUAAAGAUAAAACAACAGAGAGAGAGUUAAAACAGUGUGACCAAUGUGGAAAGUCAUAUCCUCCUGGUUAUAUUAAAAUUCAUAUGAGAACACAUAGCAGCGACCGUCCAUAUCGAUGCAAGUUCUGUCCAAAAGCGUUCAAAGUACCAGGAAGCCUACACUCGCAUAUACUAUGGAAUCAUAAAAGAACAAGAAAUUAUAAAUGCGAGGUUUGCAAUGCUACAUUCAUAUCAUCAAGUUCAAGGAGCUCCCAUAUAAGAAAGAAUCAUUUGAAAGAGAAGAAAUAUGGAUGCGAAAGUUGCAGUAAGAGGUUCUUCUCCAAAUCCGAAUUGCAAAGACAUUCCCUAACGCACACAGGAGUCAAAAAUUUCCACUGCCAUUUAUGUGAUAAGUCAUAUCAGACCAGAUAUGGAUUGAAUGUGCAUUUGAAAUCACAUACACAGAUGUCAAUGAAAAGUGAACAUACACUUCUUCAGCAAAGAAUUAUGUGAACAUGUAAUUGACGCAAAACAUAGGUUCUGAAAUCAAUAACCUUAUUGAGUGAGAGUAUUGAAAAUUAUAAUAUUGGAAAGGACUUGGUUCUAAAAGCUUUGUUUGGAUCAUUUUGUACAACCAUUAUUUAAAAAAAAAUGGUUGUCUGCUGUACACAAUGAAAUAUUUUUUUUGCUGUAGUGUUCUUUACAGAAAAAACGUUGAAGGUUUUCCUAGCUGUUUAUCAAAAAUUAAAGAGUAAAAUAUAAAAUAAUUUGUUGGUAGGCAUUUUAUUUACGUUUAUGUUAAAUUUUAUUUACGAAAUUAAAAAGUUAAAAAUGUAAAAGUGCAUGUAGCAUUUUAGGUCGCUUUUUAAAGUUGCAACAGGUACAUUUUCUCUAUAUAUCAUGAAGUACCCAAAAUCAUUUGACAUUAUAUUAUAAUUUUUCAAUACUCUAAAACAAUUAAUACUCUUGAUAUGUGCAAUCUACUAUACAACUUUUAUAGUACAAAAUAU